AAUGUUUCAGGUUAGCUUCCAUGGUUUUGCAGACAUCAGUGAGCCAUCUGAAGCUUGCUAUAUUGUCUUUGGCAAUAUAUGUUCACCAGACAUGGAGCACCUCAGUAAAAGAACACUUGGAACAAGGAACACAGUUACUGAGAACUGGUAAUUUGGGUGAGGCACUGAACCAUUACCACGCUGCUGUAGAGGGUGACGCGAAGAACUAUCAGGCAUUUUACCAGCGAGCAACAGUUUUCUUAGCACUUGGUCGUCACAGACAGGCACUUUCAGACUUUGACACUGUCAUACGACUCAAACCUGACUUUCAUCAUGCUAAGUCGGAACGUGGCAGUGUUCUCAUGAAACAGGGCAGAGUUGCGGAAGCACGAGCUCAGUUCACAGAUUUGUUAACCGUGGAUCCAGAUAAAGCCCAAGCGGGAUUGAGUGACCUCCCAGUUUUGGAGCACGCCAUUGAAGAGGGAGAUGAAUAUUUUGAUAAUGGUGACUUUGCAACUGCUGUUGAUCAUUACGAUGUUGCUAUUGAUAUAGCUAAGUGGGAUACUGGUUUACGGGAGAAGAGAGCUGAAACGUACUUGAAGAUAGGUAACAUUAUAAACGCUAUCGGAGAUGUGAGAGCUAUAGCGAAGCUAACUAACGAUAACACAGAAGCUUAUCUAAAGUUAUCACAGUUGCAUUAUAUCAUGGGAGAGGAGGAGGAAUCGUUGAAGGAGAUAAGAGAAUGCCUGAAGUUAGAUCAGGACCACAAGGAAUGUCAUGCUCACUACAAGAAAGUGAAGAAACUAGUCAAACAACUCACUAAAGCGCAGGAGCUAAUAAACGAAGGUGCGUAUAGUGACGCUGUAGCAAAGUUAAAGGCUGCGCUAAAAACAGAAUCAUCAGAGGAGAAAAUAGUGCUUAAAGUUCAAAGCAGACUUUGUCUCUGCAACAAACAGGGAUCGUUUGUGGAGGAUUGCCUGACCACGUGUACUACUGUGUUAGAACACGAGACUCAAGAUAUUGAAGCUUUAGUUAACAGAGCAGAGUGUCUCAUACUUAAUGAAGAUUUUGAAGGCGCUAUAAAGGAUUAUCAGACAGCACAAGGUAUAACAGACAGUAAGCACAUUAAAGACGGCUUACACCGGGCAGAGAAACUCUUGAAGCUCAGCAAAAAGCGAGACUACUAUAAAAUACUGGGCGUUCCAAGGAACGCUGAUAAAUCGCAGAUUAACAAAGCUUACAGGAAGAAAGCAAAAGAGUUCCAUCCUGAUAAAUUCACUGAAGAGGCUGAUAAGGCUGAAGCAGAGAAGAAGUUUAUUGACAUUGCAGCUGCUAAAGAAGUAUUAACUGAUGACGAAAAGCGACAACAAUUCGACAACGGCGAGGACCCACUGGAUCCUGAAACUGAACAAGGCAGAAACUUUCACCAACAACACUUCAACGGUUUUCCCUUCGGUGGGGGUGGUCAGCAGUUUCACUUCAAAUUCCAAUAAUACGUCCUGCACUUAUAAUAAGAACUGCAAUUAUGCUAAGAAUGUUUUGAUUCUUGAUCAACAAUCGCGUAGGAUUGAACAUUUUGGGGUAGUUUUUUAAAACAGAAGUUUUGUUUGUGUGAUCUGUUUGGUGAUUACACAGAUAAGGGUGAAUAUUUUUCUGAUAGAUGAUUAGUAUUUAGCCGUUGCUUUAGUCCUUCAAAUUUAUGGUAUGGAUGAUGUUUUAUUUCUAGUAAGCUUAAGCUAUUAGUUCUGAUAUUUAUCCUUUUUUGGUUCUAGAGCCCAUUUUAAUUUUGAUGUUCCAUUUUAAUUUGUUAUUUACUUUUCCUUACGGAACAAGUUGAGCCUGUUUCAUCAGAAUAGGAGCGAAAUUCUUUUGUGGGGUAAUCAUGGUGAAAAAUUGUGAAUCUGAUCUAGAAAUUGGAAUAUUUCACCAUUUUUUCCACCAGGACUACCUCCAAGUCUUUUGUGAACCAGUUGAAACUAUCCGUGUUCAUGGCGCGUAUGUAAAUGUAUUAGAUCGGUCUUUUGUUUUUGCGAGUUUUAACAAUGUUAUGGUUAUUUAUAUUGCUGAGUUUUUGUACAUAUUUCAAUUUAAUCAGAUUUCGAUCGCAUCAUAAAA